UCUCCUUGAGAGAAAAAGAAGGAAAGAGAGAGAACACCUACACUUUCCACUGUUUUUUCCAAUCUUUACACACUCAGAUUUCAACUCUCCUGCAUUGAUGCUUGAAAAAUCUUUCUGGGUUUUGUUGGGUUUUUGUUCUAGACCGGAAAUCGAUCUUUCUUUCUGUGUUUUUUGAGCUCUAGACAUCAAAAUACAACGUUUUCUAUAACCCAAAACUUUCAAGAAUUCUUCUGAGUAGCCAUACAAUCAAUGGAUAACUCUGAUCUUUAUCGAGUCGCGAGUCUGCGGCGGAGCCGUAAUGGCUCUGGUCUGUGGAGGAACAAUACCACUGACGUCUUCUCACGGUCGUCUCGGGACGAAGACGACGAAGAAGCCCUCAAAUGGGCUGCUCUUGAGAAACUCCCGACAUAUGACCGUAUCCGGAAAGGGCUACUGACCGGAGUCGCUGGGGAGCACAAGGAAGUUGAUAUUCAUAACCUCGGGUUUCAAGAGAAGAAGAACUUGUUGGAGAGAUUGAUUAGAGUUGCCGAAGAGGACAAUGAGAAGUUCCUGUUGAAGCUCAAGAAUCGAAUGGAGCAAGUUGGAAUUGAGAGUCCAACGAUUGAAGUUCGGUUCGAGCAUUUGAGUAUUGGCGCAGAAGCCUAUAUUGGCAACCGAGCUUUACCGACAAUCCUCAACUUCACAGUCAAUAUUGUAGAGGAAUUCUUGAACAGUCUUCACAUCCUGCCAAGUCGAAAGAAGCCAGUAUCGAUCCUUCAAGAUGUUAGUGGAAUCAUCAAGCCUUGCAGAAUGACUUUGCUCUUAGGCCCUCCUGGCUCUGGGAAGACCAGUCUGCUGUUAGCUUUGGCCGGAAAGCUUGAGAAAGAGCUGAAGGUUUCAGGGUUGAUAACUUACAAUGGGCAUGGCAUGGAUGAGUUUGUCCCUCAGAGGACCUCUGCUUAUAUCAGUCAGCAUGAUCUCCACAUAGGAGAAAUGACGGUGAGAGAAACCUUAGCUUUCUCUGCCAGAUGCCAAGGCGUUGGGACCCGUUACGAAAUGCUAACAGAGCUGUCAAGAAGAGAGAAGGCAGCAAACAUUAAACCAGAUCCCGAUAUUGAUGUCUACAUGAAGGCUUCAUCUCUGGAAGGUCAGGAGGAGAGUGUGGUUACAGACUACAUAUUGAAGAUUUUAGGACUGGAUAUCUGCGCUGAUACUAUGGUUGGGGAUGAAAUGCUGAGGGGUAUCUCUGGAGGACAAAAGAAGCGUGUUACAACAGGCGAGAUGCUUGUCGGUCCAGCAAAGGCUCUUUUCAUGGAUGAGAUAUCGACUGGUCUGGACAGCUCCACAACUUUCCAGAUUGUGAAUUCCCUCAGGCAGACCAUCCACAUCCUCGGCGGGACGGCACUUAUUGCUCUGCUUCAGCCAGCACCGGAAACUUAUGACCUCUUUGAUGACAUCAUUCUUCUCUCUGAUGGUCAGAUUGUCUAUCAGGGACCUCGUGAACAUGUGCUUGAGUUCUUUGAGUCCAUGGGCUUUAGAUGCCCCGAGAGGAAAGGUGUUGCAGACUUCUUGCAGGAAGUGACAUCAAUAAAAGAUCAGCAGCAAUAUUGGGUACGUAGAGAUGAGCCAUACCAGUAUAUUUCCGUCAAGGAAUUUGCCGACACAUUCCAGUCAUUCCACGUCGGCUGUAAAUUAGGAGAGGAACUCAGCACCCCAUUCAACAAGAGCAAGAGCCAUCCUGCUGCUUUGACAACUUCCAAAUUCGGUAUUACCAAGAAGGAACUUCUGAAGGCUUGCGUCGCGAGGGAAUGGUUACUAAUGAAGAGAAACUCAUUCGUCUACAUCUUCAAAAUGGCACAGCUGAUUGUGAUUGCACUCAUCACCAUGACGGUCUUCCUGCGUACCAAGAUGCACCGCCACAACAUGGAUGAUGGAGGGAUUUUUAUGGGAGCACUUUUUUUCGCACUCGUUACUCUUAUGUUCAACGGCUUCGCGGAGCUUUCAAUGGCCAUUGUGAAGCUUCCUGUUUUCUACAAGCAGAGAGAUCUGCUCUUUUAUCCUGCAUGGGCAUAUGCUCUACCGACGUGGAUCCUCAAGAUCCCUAUUUCAUUUGCAGAAGUCGCUGCCUGGGUCAGCUUGACUUAUUAUGUAAUUGGCUUUGAUCCAAACAUUGGGAGGAUGUUUAAGCAUUAUCUUCUGCUAGUAUUGAUUAGCCAGAUGGCCUCUGGACUCUUCCGAUUAGUAGCUGCAUUGGGUCGGGACAUGAUCGUUUCGAAUACAUUCGGGUCCUUUGCACAGCUUGUAAUCAUGACGCUCGGAGGAUUCAUCAUGUCUCGAAAGGACGUGAAGAAAUGGUGGAUCUGGGGUUACUGGAGUUCGCCUCUGAUGUAUGCGCAGAAUGCAAUUGCUGUGAAUGAAUUUCUUGGGUAUAGCUGGAGUCAUCUCGCUCCAAAUUCAGCAAAAUCAUUGGGAGUCUUAAUCUUGGAAUCACGUGGAAUCUUUACUAAGUCGAACUGGUAUUGGAUCGGAGCAGGAGCGUUGGUUGGAUAUGUGCUCCUAUUCAAUGCUCUUUUCACUUGGGCCCUCGAACUUCUCAAUCCAUUUGGGAAAUCUCAGGCAGUUCUAUCUGAAGAAACCAUGAAAGAGAAACAUGCUAACAGAACUGGACAAGUCGAAGGUCUAGAGCUAUCAUCAAGAGGAAGCUCCACCUCACAUCCACCAUCAAAUGGUGAUGAAAUAAAGAAGGGACAGGUUGCUGAUAAGAACAAGAAGAAGGGCAUGGUUCUUCCAUUUGCUCCGCUUUCUAUCACCUUUGACAACAUCAGAUACUCUGUUGACAUGCCACAGGAAAUGAAAGCUCAAGGCAUUCCAGAAGAUCGGUUAAUGCUUUUGAAGGGUGUAAGUGGAGCUUUCAGGCCAGGAGUGCUUACAGCACUGAUGGGUGUCAGUGGUGCUGGUAAGACCACUCUGAUGGAUGUGUUGGCUGGAAGGAAAACAGGUGGAUACAUAGAAGGAAAUAUCACCAUUUCUGGCUAUCCCAAGAAGCAGGAGACGUUUGCUCGGAUAGCAGGAUACUGUGAACAGAACGACAUCCACUCUCCUCACGUUACAGUCUACGAGUCCCUCCUCUACUCUGCAUGGCUUCGAUUACCUGGUGAAGUCGAUUCUGAAACUAGAAAGAUGUUCAUCGACGAAGUCAUGGAGCUUGUAGAGCUUACAUCAUUGAGAGGAUCACUCGUCGGAUUGCCUGGCGUGAAUGGACUGUCGACUGAGCAGCGCAAGAGGCUGACCAUUGCUGUUGAGCUUGUCGCAAACCCUUCUAUAAUAUUCAUGGACGAGCCUACUUCAGGGCUGGAUGCAAGGGCGGCAGCCAUUGUGAUGAGGACUGUGAGGAACACUGUCGACACAGGAAGGACUGUAGUGUGCACAAUUCAUCAGCCUAGCAUCGACAUAUUUGAAGCUUUCGAUGAGCUCUUCCUUAUGAAGAGAGGUGGAGAAGAGAUAUACGUGGGACCGUUGGGCCACCAUUCGGGCCAUCUGAUCAAGUACUUCGAGGGAAUCAAUGGAGUUACCAAGAUAAAAGAUGGAUAUAACCCUGCGACAUGGAUGUUGGAGGUGACUACCAUGUCACAAGAAGAGAUGCUUGGGGUUAACUUCACUGAGAUUUACCACAACUCCGAUCUUUACCGGCGAAACAGAGCUCUAAUCAAUGAACUGAGUGCACCGCCACCUGGCUCAAAGGACCUUUACUUCCCCACUCAGUACUCUCAGCCUUUCAUUACACAGUGCAUGGCCUGUUUAUGGAAGCAGCACAUGUCGUACUGGCGGAACCCACCGUACACCGCCGUGCGGAUUCUCUUCACAACCUUCAUUGCUUUGAUGUUUGGCACGAUAUUUUGGGAUCUUGGGUCGAAAACGAGGCAGAGACAGGAUCUGUUCAAUGCCAUGGGUUCCAUGUAUGCAGCAGUUCUCUUCCUUGGAAUUGAAAAUGCUUCAUCAGUGCAGCCAGUCGUGGCUGUCGAAAGAACAGUUUUCUACAGAGAGAGGGCUGCUGGAAUGUAUUCAGCUUUACCGUAUGCGUUUGCACAGGUCGCAAUCGAGGUUCCAUAUAUCUUCCUUCAGACUCUAAUAUACGGUAUCAUCGUCUAUGCCAUGAUCCAAUUCGAAUGGACGGCUGCCAAGUUCUUCUGGUAUCUAUUCUUCAUGUUCUUCACACUGCUCUACUUCACAUUCUAUGGAAUGAUGGCCGUUGGCAUGACCCCCAAUCACGACAUCGCUUCGAUAGUCUCCGCUGCAUUCUACGCAAUAUGGAAUCUCUUCGCAGGCUUCCUAAUUCCCCGGCCUAGAAUUCCUGUGUGGUGGAGAUGGUAUUACUGGGCCUGUCCUAUUUCAUGGACCUUGUAUGGAAUGGUUGUUUCCCAAUUUGGAGACAUAGAGCACAUCAUGACAGAUUCAGACAACAACGAGACUGUGAAAGAGUUCAUAAGGAAUUAUUUUGGAUUCAAACACGAUUUCUUGGGAGCAGUUUCAGCUGGAGUCAUCGGGUUUACGGUGCUUUUCGCGUUCGUCUUUGCAGUGUCGAUUAAGGUGUUGAACUUCCAGGUAAGAUGAGUGUUGAAUAUCUCAAAUUCCUGCCUUACGAGCUUGGGAUGCAGUGGGAUGGUAUAUGAAGCUAGUAUCCAAGGAGCUUAUGGGUGUUGUUAUGUCUAUUGUUUGAUGAUUAUCAGAUCAAUGUAUCAAACAAUGGUGUGUAUGAAUUUUCUUUUCUUCUGCUUUUAUAUUUCUUGAAGUGGAAGCAUCAGUGUCUUGUACGCUGCUUUCAUCAGCACAUGAAAGAGUUGGUUUUAUCAAACCAAUCAACUAUGAUUUUGUAA